AGUUAACACAACUGGACGUUUCCAUAGAGACCCAGAACCUGGUUGCAAGUGCUCCCACAAUGCUACCUGGAUAACACCUUUUACAAGUCCGACACAGAGGCACCAGCAGUCGAGAUGUCUCAGUUGUCAGCUGAAGAUGAAGCUGAGUUGCAAUCCCUGCUCAAGCAGCUUCUGAGAAGCAUCAACGACAGGAUCGCUGGCGCCCCGUCAACCGAAUGUGCUGAAGAGAUCCUCCUUCACCUGGAGGAGACUGACAAGAACUUCCACAAUUACGAGUUUGUCAAGUAUCUCCGUCAGUAUGUGGAGAGUUCAUUGGGGACUGUGGUGGAGGAGGAGACCAAGAACUUGACCAGAGGAGAUGGACAACAUGCUGUAGGCUCAGGUCACGACACCCUGAUCCAUGCCGUCACACAGAGUACCAGGGACUCAGCUGAGUACCAGCAGAUGAUGCAGACCUUGAAAACCACCAUGAUCAUGGUGGUGGAGUCUUUAAUCAACAAAUUUGAGGAAGACCAGAUGAGAAAGGAGGAGAUGCACAGUCAGUCCAACAGCCAGUACACUGACAACUGCUCUGACAGCGACUCCUCCUUUAAUCAGAGUUAUGCGUUCAUCAGACAAGAGCAGCUGCAAGCUUUGGCUGAAAAACUUGACUCCAGCAGGCCCAAAGAGGUGCGUUGGGAGGCUCUUCAGGCUCUCUGCUGUGCCAAUCCGUCUGAUGUGCUGAGCUGUGAGAGCUGGAGCAGCCUGCGCAGAAAUCUCUCUGCAGCUCUGACUGACCCCGACCUCAGCGAUGAUGUACUGCAGUUCUUUGCUAAAAGCUUCUCCUCCUCUCCGCUGAAUCUGACACGAGAGAUUUACACCAGCUUGGCUAAAUGUGUGGAGUCAAGUUUUGUGUCUCAAAAGCUAAGCUUUCCAACUGGCUCAGCCACCAUCGACAUCAACAGACCUGAGAUCAGUCGUCUCCUUAAACAGAUUCGAUUGAUGAAUGACUUCCAAAAGGAGGUGACAACGUUUUGGAUCCGCCAUCCUGAGAAAUAUAUGGAGGAAGUUAUAGAGAGCACCCUCUACCUGCUGUCCUUCCAUCACGAACAUGGUUCAGCCUCAGCUGGGACGGAGAAAGCCCUGGAACCCAUUCAUCUGCUGGCCUUACUGGAUAUUAAAGCAACCUGGUUUAAAAAGUGGAUGCAUGGAUGCUACAGUAGGACUGUGGUUCUCAGACUGCUGGAGAGAAAACACAAGUCUCUGAUGGUUGCAGCCCUUCAGCAGUGUAUCCAUUACAGUGAAUCCUGUGAACGUUCCUCAAAUGAGACAACUGAUCCCCAGUCAGCAGAGCAGCAGAGCCCUGAUUCAGUCCAGAGGAGUGUUUACACAGGACAAGAGCUUGAAUAUGCCUUCUUUGUCCACUCGCUGUGCAUCCUGGGUAAACUCCUCAUCUACACCAAUGGCAGAAAGCUCUUUCCAAUCAGAGUGAGGAAGCGCAAAGAUCCCGUCAGCCUGACAGACCUGGUUGUCAUCCUGAUUAAAAUCAUGUACCAACAAUCCAAACCUCCGCACAGUGACACAUCACACACAGACUGCCUGUCGCCCAGCUGUUUGGUGAUGGAGGUGCUGUGGAUGCUGUGUGAGAGGACCGAGUGUGCUGCAGAGUGUCUCUACCAGGCCCCUGUAAUAGAGACACUGCUGGCUCCUGUUAUAGCUCUGCUUCAUGGACAGCAGGCCAAAUUAAAAUCUCCAGCAGCAGCACUGACUCUCAUCGCUGACGUUCUGGCUCGCAUCGCAAACACUGACAGAGGAUUAUCUCUCUUCUUAUAUGAGACAAAUCUAGUUGUAGCCAACACUGAGAGAACCUUUCCUGCUCAUGUCAUUGUACAGUUCACUCUCAGGCUGCUGGAGAAGGAGCUGUCCUCCAUACGUGAAUCCGACGGAUCCCAAACAUCAUGUGGAGCCUUUAUCUUCGUCUGUAGGCAGAUGUACAACACCUGUGAGGGUUUGCAGGUCCUCCGACCCUACGGCCUGCACAAGGCUGUGGCUGCUGCAUGGAAAAAGACCAGUUCCUUGUCAGAAAGGGUUCCAACUCCGGUACCUGGAGCCACCGCUGGAACAUCCACCCGGGAGCUGCAGAACAUGCUCAUCUGGGAGGAGACGUUGUUGGACAGCCUGCUGAGCUUUGCUGCGACUCCUAAAGGCCUGCUGCUGCUCCAGCAGACGGGAGCCAUCGGCGAAUGUGUCUCCUACAUGUUCUCUCGCUUCACAAAAAAACUGCAGGUGAGCCGCUGUGAGAAGUUUGGAUACGGGGUGAUGGUGACACAGGUGGCAGCAACUGCUCCAGGGGUGGCAGCGUUGCACAAAUCAGGUUUUGUCCAGGCACUGGUCGUAGAGCUGUGGUCUGUUCUUGAGUGCGGCAGUGAAGAUAUCGGGGUGGUCCGUCCCAUGCCCACACCCAUGGACCCCAUAGACAGGAGCUGCCUCAAGUCCUUCCUGUCAUUUGUCAACCUGCUCUCCUCUUCCCAAUCGGUGUGGGAGCUCCUGGGCAGGCAGCCUCUAGCCAACAAGAGUGAAUACACCCUGAGAGAGAUGCCAACCUCAGUUCCUGAUCUGAUCGACAGGCUGAUUGCUGUGAAUUCAGAUGCAAAGAUUCAUUCCCUGUUCCACUAUGAGCAGUCUCACACAUUCGGCCUGAGACUGCUCAGUGUUCUCUGCUGUAAUCUGGACUCCUUCCUGCUGCUGGAGAGCCAGUACAACAUCUGCUCUCUGCUGCUGAAGAGUCAGAGGGAGAAUGUUACGGAGCUGGACUCAGAUGAUGGGGAGUUAAUCAUAGACAACUUAUCAGUGGAGAGGAAUCACGUGCUGGUCCGCGUUAGUUUGGUUGGAGGACCGUCUGAGAGGAAGCUUCCGCCUCGAGCACUGCAAGAGGGAGAAGAGCCUUACCCCUGGCCGAUGUGUUCAAGCUAUCCUCUACCUCACUGCUACACUUUGGACCCACCAAAGAUCCACCAUAACUCACAGGACCCUGAGGUCAGUACCUUUCUGCCAUUAUCUAAAGACUUAAAGAAUGAGGACAGCUGGAUGGAGAUCUGCCGGAGACAGUACUGCAAAGCCAUGACCUCCAAACCCAACAUCUUAACUGGAAAGGUGCUGGCUGACCUUCUGGAGAAGGUUGCGACCCAUCUAUCCAACUCUUCCACAGAGUGCUUCUUCGCUCAGUGCAAAGCAGAUGAGAAGAGUGUUAAGAGUGCUGCACUAUCAUCUGUGGAGCAGCUGGGAAUCAACACCUGUCUCAGGUACGGCAGCUACCUCAAGCUACUGACAGAAGAUGCUGUGAAUGACCUGACUCUGCUCAUGAAGCAUAUUAAGAUCUUGUCCACACAGAGAGUCUACACUGCUUCAGAGCUCAUCACUCAGCAGGGAACGGUUAUCCCGGCCCACGACUGGCUGGCCUCCACAGUGUUCCUGAUCAUGGCUGGAGACGUGAACCGGUCUCUGGGUUUCCUACUCAACCUGACCUCUCUGCUGACCUCUGCAUUCAUCUGGCCAGCGAGGAUACAUGCCUCUGUCCAUUUUCCUGUGGCAGUAGCUGAAUCAGGAAUCCCUCCUGUUUACUGGUGUACAGCUCACUAUGUGGAGAUGCUGCUGAAAGCGGAAGUUCCUCUGGUCCACUCUGUCUUCAGGAUGUCGGGUUUCACCCCGUCACAGAUGUGCCUUCACUGGUUGACUCAGUGUUUCUGGAACUACCUGGACUGGACAGAAAUCUGCCACUACCUUUCCACCUGUGUGGUGAUGGGUCCUGACUACCAGGUGUAUAUGUGCGUGUCCAUAUUCAAACAUCUGCAGCCAGACAUCCUUCAGCUGACCCAGUCCCAGGAGCUGCAGGUCUUCCUCAAGGAGGAUCCAAUCCAGGGUUUCAAAGUCGGCGACUAUCUGGCGUUCAUGGAGGAGCUGGAGCGCAGCUACAGACAUAUCGUGCUCACUGACAUGAAAAGCAUCAGUAACCCUGUCGAGUGAGAACAUGGUCAAUGUUUUUGACUUUAUUUAUUGGCUAUUUGACUUUGACUGUACCUUCAAUUCAUUACAGUUUGGCUCAGAUUAAGUAAGCGCCUUCUAUCUUCUGGUAUAAUGCAGCAAUGUUCUUCACCACAUUUGUUUAAGCCAGAAGAUGUUCAGCUUGUUUUGAUGGAAACCCAAAUUUGAAUAUGUUCCAUGAAGUUAAAGGAUAAGCAUGGUGAUAGUCUGUACUUUGUACAACUUUGUACUUUUCAAGUAGUCAACAAAUCAAUUAAAAGGUGAAAACCAACAAUGAAUUCAUCCAGAUAA